UCGGAUCACCUUGGAUGUUUGCGCUACAACUGAAUGACCGAAACGUGCGGUAUAAACUUUGUCAACUUGUCGAAUGUAAACAAUCAGGUGUGCCUCAGGGUACAGAUACAAACUUUAAUGUCUACCUCAUUAUCAACACUUUACCUGAGAAAGUAAAUGGACAAACAUAUGGACAUGGAUCAGUUUCACGCCUUUAAAAUCUCCGUUUCGAUGUGGUAGUUCAUUAAAAUGUUUCGAUUGGGUAGUUUCCUAAACAUAAUAGCAACAAAUGACCCUCUCCUGGUAUAUAGGAAUGUUAAAUGUCAACAGUUCAACUCUUUUUGAGCUGCUACAUGGUUUUUCAACAUCUGUUGCAUAAUGUACAGAAAUUGUUGGCAUGAAUGUGAACUUGGUAACAUCAAACAUAUGAAAGAUUUUAAGGAAUGAUAAAGUGGAAUAUGACUGCUGGUAUAAUUGUUGUUUAAGUGAUUACCUACUUCCACAUCAACAGCUUUCCUUCUUCAUUAGAAUGAAACAUUCCUGACUAAAUGGUUGUGCAUGACAUAGAUGAAGUAAACAACUCUAUAUUUUCAAGUCUGUUGAAGACUGCAUUGCCAUGACAACUCAACAAGGUCUUUGAUUGAGAGACUGUGUAUCAAGACAAUCAGAAGAUGACGUUUCCAAGUACUGUCAACUUUUCCUCAACUGUGAAGCCCAUGGUCCUCUUUAACGAUACAAAUAUUACAGAGGUAUAUAAUAUCUCAGAACCAGGCAGUGUUCGACCAUGGAAUACCUUGGAGAAAGCAGUGUUUGGUACCUGGCUUUCCAUAUCAAUGCUGUGUGCUGUGUUUGGAAACCUUAUGGUGAUAGUGGUGGUAUUUCGUCACAAAGGAAUGCAGACGCGGACAAAUAUGUUUCUUGUCAAUCUAGCAAUUGCUGAUUUUCUGGUCGGAAUUUUAUUAGCUCCGUUUUCGUUAACAACUUUGAUUAGUGAAGAAUGGAUAUUCGGUGAAGUUAUGUGCAAUAUCAAUGGGUUUAUGAAUGCAGUGUGUUUUAUAACAUCAAUUCAUACGUUAAUGUAUAUCAGUAUUCACAAGUAUGUCUCAAUUACGCGACCAUUUAGCAGGAUUCUCAACCAUUGGAAAAUUCUGAUAAUGAGUGCCGCUGCCUGGUUGUGGGCGAUUGUAUGUGCUAUUUUAACUAUGUUUGUAUUAAGCAAGGUUGUCUCAAAACCAGGGGCCAUGCAGUGCGGUCCCGAAUAUCCUCGUAAUAAUCUAGAAUAUUUACAUCAUGUGAUUAUAACGGGCACUAAUAUAGUCAUACCUCUAGCAAUCAUGACAUUUGCAUAUGCGCGCAUGUAUUGUGAGUUCAGAAGUCACGCUAAACGUCUUCGUAAGAACUCCACUCUACAGACUGACCAAAUUUUAGCGCAGCAGAUCCAAGUGACCAAGACGUUAUUUAUUGUGUUGGCGUGCUUCAUGUUAUGCUGGCUACCAUAUUUUGCUUACUCUUCCUAUGUGUCAACUAUAAAAGACAAGUCUAAAAUCCUGGCCUGGGCAAACCCUGCUGCCUACUGUUUCAUGUACAUGAACUCUGGAUGUAAUCCCAUCAUAUAUGCAUGGAGAAGUCCAUCCUUCAGAGAGGGCUACAAGGAAAUCUUGUGCCAGAAGUCUGGGUAUAUAGUCAGUGAUGAUCAUUGUGACAGAAUACCAGAUAUUAAUUUAGAAAUAUCACAUGAGAUCACAAAGUUAUUUGCUAACCAUAUGUUUGGAAGUGGUAACAUGUUUGGGAGUGGCCAGAUAUUUGGUGGGAGUGGUCAAAUAUUUGGUGGGAGUGGCCAGAUAUUUGGCAAUGGUGCCAGUGCUGAUAAGCCCAGUGCAGAUACAAUACGAGAUUCUGAUUCACCUGGAAUUAUUCGUCGACUGUCGACAAUGCUUCAUUCAUCAUUUAGAUCAACACGUCUUAGUACACACCGGAACUCGGAUGAUUGCUCCAGCUUAAACUCUGUCCAUUUGUCUCGUACAACAUCUGUUUCCAGUCCUAGUCAUACAUUAUUGCGACGUGCCACUUCUAAAACUGCUAAAGGCAGUUCCAUUAUCCGUAAAGACGGCUCAGUGAUCAUCACUAAAAAUGGAAAAAUUAUUUCAGUUCGAAGAGACAUAGACUCUUUGAAAAGAGAUAAAAGUUUUAGUGGAUUUGAAGAUAUGAAAACUAGACAUACAAAUGGUCUCUCCAAAAGUUUUAGUGAACUUGAUAUGAAUGAAAAAAGAAAAAUAGAGUUCUCUCCCCUACUAAAAGCGAACAAUAAUCUAGGUGGACAAAGGUCCCCUCGUCGAUCUCCAUUAACUUCUAGAGAUAACGUAAAUUCUAAGUUUGGCCACACCUCUUUAACAAAGAUUGACAGUGUUGAUGAAACUGAAACUGAGUUCAAUGACAAUAGGCUCCGCCUUCCACAGCGACAGAUGUCAAGGCCCAGCCAAUCAUUGACAAUCUUACCAGGGGAGGAAACUUCACCAUCUAUUCAUUCUCAGGAAAAUUUGAGUAUCUCCCCUUCAGUCAAAUCUGAUUUAGACGAUGUUUUUGUACAAUCUCCUGAACCAGUUGUGUUCAGUUCACAAGAAGGUAUGCUUAAUUCUAUGACAUUACAGCCUGUUGUUAAAGACAAGAAACAUCUCGCCAAGAGUGACAAUCAACUUGACGAUAUAAAUUCUACGGAAUCAUCAGACAUUAAGAAAAGUAAAAAGUCAUUAUCAAGGAGCACAAAUGUUGUGUAUAAGGUACCAUUGUUAAGGUAUCCAUCCGUAGAAAAACUUGACGUGCAUUCACAGAUUCCACGAUGUUCAAGUGACGCAUCAUCUAUACCAAAACUAAUACCACGGUCUCAGCUCCAUGUCAGGAGGUGGCUGUCAAAUAGGAAUGUGGACACCACCCAGAAAAGUAAAACUUAGGCGAAAAAAGCCAUUGAGCAUUUACAGAUUUUAUGUUUAUUUCUUUUUAAAAGUAUUAUGAUAUUGUCUACCUUAAGAAACAUGCUUAAUAUGUAGUUAAAGUGAUAAGAUAUAUAUGAUGUGUACAGUCAACCAAGGUUAAGAGUCACAUUUAGAAUAUUCUGUAAACUGGUCUCAUUUUCUGCUUAAAAAACCUUUUAACUUUUGCACAAAUAAUUACUAUAUCAAUAGCGACCUCACUAAGGCUGAAUAUUACUAUGGCAAUUCAAAGGGUUAAAUAAUCUUGAACAUUAAUGUUAAGAAUUUAUUCCACGUACAUUUUGAAGUAGAGUCUCAGAUCAACAAACAAUAAUUACCCAUUCAAGAGAUCUCUUUUAGAUCUAGAACUUUUUUAAAUACAUGUAUACAAGAAAUACAUUUUAUAUAUAUGAAUUUCUAAAAGCAUACAAAGUGUGACAAAUAUACAUGCACAAACUUAUUACUGGAUUUUUCAUGUAAAAUUAAGAGGCGGUAAAGAGGUGUUUUCCUUUAAUCAAAUUUGUUGAAAAAUCCCCAUUUAAAUCCUGAAAUAUUGUAAAGGCUUUUGUCAUAACCAUCUUGAUCCUUUGCUUUUUCUGAUAUUUCAGGCUUUAUUAUUAUAUCUCUGAUAUCUUUAAAUGCAACUGUAUUAUAACUAUUUAUGUAUAUUUAUUAAGCAGUAAUAAAUAUCAACAUGUUUAACCAGAUUUUAUGUUGCAGAAUUGUCAUCAAUAUUAGCCCUUUAACAACAAAAUUAAUGUAUUAUUGAAAUAUUUGCAGAAAACCUAGUUUGUUGGCAAUUUCUAGUCACUUAAUACUGAAAAUUUAAGUCCAAACAUAUGUAUAAAAUUGAUUUGAUCAAACCAUGAUUUACAUGUAGUUAUAGUAUUGUAUAGGGCAAUAUAGAGCUUAAUUGGGACUCUUUAAUUGCAGGUUUUGUUAUUUAAAUUGCAAGCCUUGAUUUUACUAUAACUUUAUCAGAUUUGUUUAAGAUUAUUUCUAUAUAAUCAUGAUAUAUAACUACCGGUAUAUUUAAAUCAUGCUUCAAAUUACUACGAAUUUUAUCACCACCAGGGAAAUGUUAUAAAUGCUGGGUUUAUUGAAAUUUUAUCUAAAUAAAAAAUAAUACAGGUAUACUUUAUCAUGCUUUUUUUGGUGUAAAUAUAUUUCUUAUUUUAGAAAAUAAUGUUUUAAAGGAAUUUUACAGUUUUAAAAGAUAUAAGGCAAUGAAAUUAUAGUCUAUAUGUACAUGUUUCUUUAAAAAACUAUAACUAAAUCCUCAUUCUCCAAAACAAAAACAGGUCAUUUAAACAAAUUGGUAUGGUGAAAGUUAUAAAUGUCAUUCAAUUUUAAUAAAUCAAACUUCUGUAACUUGCUCUGUUAGUUCUGAUACCAAAUAAUUGUAAUGUACUGGACAAUAAAAAAAAAUCUUGAUUCUGUAGAAGCCUAUGACAGCCCACCACACUAGCAUAUGCCCUUAAACAAUUGUUACUUUGUGCUAAUAAUACAUGUGUAUACUUACAAACCUCUCUCUUAUUUUGUAGGAUGGACUUAUCCUGUUUUGAAACUAGAACUGUUUAUUGUAAAUGUAAGGGAUAUUGUUAACAAAAUACAAGUCAUUAAGCCUUAAAGUACUGGAAACGAAAUAGAUUAGCCUUUGCCACCAGUAUUUAACCCAGGUCAGCCUGUAAGUCUUUGCAGUCAGACCGCAGGCACCAUACUUAACUGAUGGUCAUCAAACUUCUAAUUUUCAUCUUAAUAACCCUUCAUUAUUAUACUGGAAGAAAAAGAAAUAAGUAAAAUCGAGAAGUCGACAAUUCCAUUUCGAAAAUUUAGGAGUUUAAGGGUCAAAUAGCCAACAAUAUAGAAUCUGAUCAAGUAGACUGCAGAUAUAUGGCAAGGAAAAGAGAUCAGUGCCGCUGGCAUUCAAAGGUUGUAUAAAAUGGCAACAAAUUACGCAAAAUUUGUAUAGUAUUGAUGAUUUUUACAUGUUUUACAGUUUAUUAUUAUAUUAUAUAAAUAUUGUUGUUGUUUGUUUCAAUAGAAUUUUUAAAGAUAGCUUAUAUUUGUUGUAAUUUCAGUUGUUUUUAUCUUCAGUUAAAUUAAGAUGGUGCAGGGUUAAUGAGUUAAAUUUUUAUGCUAGCAUAGUUGUUGCUACCUGGUGUAUCUGUAUGUCACACCUUUGUCCAGAUGGAAAAGCAAAUAAAUUUGAUUAAAACCUCACAAUAGGAUUAAGACCAGUAAUGGGAAAUGCAGUAUUAAAGAACCAAAAUGUUACCUUGCUCAAUUUUUGUUUGAAUUUAUCUCCCUUAAUUAUACUUAUGCUUAUCUAUGGUAUAGAUUUCUUCUCUUUUGUUUCGAUAGCCAUUAUUUAUUGACUGAUGUCUAUCCUACAAGGAAAAGUUAAUAUCUUGGAUGAUUCUGAGUAACCAAAGGUGGAGUAAAGGGAUAUUAUAUUUUACACUUCUGGUUAUACAGGCUCUAUUUAUCAAACAA